GUUAAAAGUUAACCCGCUCGCUCAAGGUACACUCAAGCAGUUGCUGUUUAAGUCUGCCUCGACACAAUUGUCUCUCUCGCAGGCACUGAGCCAGGACUGUCAACGAGCCACAGUGGGAGAGAUUAGCACCCAGAGCUUUCACCAUGACCCACCAGUUUGUUUCCCUGACACCGGAACAGAAGGAGGAACUCGCUAAUGUUGCUCAGAGGAUCGUUGCUCCAGGAAAGGGAAUCCUUGCAGCCGAUGAAUCUGUUGGCACCAUGGGCAAACGUCUGAAGAAUAUCAACGUGGAGAACACAGAAGAGAAUCGUCGGUUUUUCCGGCAGGUUCUGUUCACCGCAAACAGCGACAUCAGCGACUGCAUUGGGGGAAUCAUAUUCUUCCACGAGACGCUGUACCAGAAAACCGAUGAUGGCACGCCAUUUCCGCAACUCGUCAAAGACAAGGGCAUCGCUGUGGGGAUUAAGGUUGACAAGGGGGUAGUGCCCCUGGCUGGCACAGACGGAGAGACGGUAACACAGGGUUUGGAUGGUCUCUCUGAGCGCUGUGCCCAGUAUAAGAAGGAUGGUGCUGAGUUUGCCAAAUGGCGGAGCGUGCUGCGGAUCACCGACCAGGCCCCAUCGACUCUGGCCAUCGAGGAGAACGCCUGGGUCCUGGCCCGGUAUGCCAGCAUCUGCCAGCAGCAAGGCCUAGUGCCUAUCGUGGAGCCGGAGAUCCUGACUGACGGCAGCCAUGACCUCCAGCGGUGCCAGUACGUGACUGAAAAGGUCCUCGCUGCCUGUUAUAAGGCCCUUAUUGAUCACCAUGUCUACCUGGAGGGGACUCUGCUUAAACCCAACAUGGUGACUGCUGGACACUGCUGCACCAGGAAGUUCAGUCCGGAAGAAGUUGGCAUGGCAACUGUCACUGCUUUGCGUCGCACUGUCCCUGCAGCUGUGCCAGGUAUCUGUUUCCUGUCCGGGGGUCAGAGUGAGGAGGAGGCCUCUGUCAACCUCAACGCCAUUAACCUGUGUCCCCUGUGGAAACCAUGGAAGCUGAGCUUUUCCUUUGGCCGGGCCCUGCAGGCUUCGGCCCUCAUUGCCUGGUCUGGCAAAGAGGACAAUGCAGAGCUGGCACAAGAUGCCUAUGCCAAGAGAGCCAAGAUUAACAGCCUGGCUUGUAAAGGCGAAUAUUCUCCAUCAGGCGAUACCAAUAUAGCAGCUAACUACUCACUUUACACUGAAAACUACACUUACUGAUGGCCCAGCAAGACCUUUUUGCCCAUUCCCGAAUCCCACCCUUUCUCGUCAGCCCAGCGAUUACAGGCCCCUCCCUUUCUUACCCCCCCAGUCGCAGUAUGUGAACCCUGAUUUUAUAUUUCACAGCAACCAGACCCUCCCCGAUGCUUGCCUCUCCUUCUCAUCCCUCGCUACCUCUCUAUGUCUCUCACAAUCAGGGCAGCCGGAGGUUCACACAAUCCCCCUGUUUGUAGAUGAGUUUCGAGGCCACCCCUCCCUCCUCUGUGAACCCCUCCUUUGCUGUUCUGUCCAUUGACAGGAAUCAGAUAGUUGCUGGAGAUCUAAUUGAGAAAUAAGGCAAAUGGUAAAACUGCAUGCCUCUG